ACAAAAAAAUUGACAAGUGAUUUUUUUUUCAUCUCUUGUUCUUUUCAGCUUGGUGUUGUUUUGAUAAAAAUAUUAUUGUAACAACGAUUCGUUCGGUUAGCAUUUUCAGUUUUAAUGAUCACAAAAAUAGUCCGCGUGAGCAUUUCUAUGAGUAAAAUAUUGCGUACAGGAUAUUCAUCAAUAAGAAGAAUGAGUGCUGCCACAGGUGGACCUGUGGAAGGCACUAUUAGAAAUAAACUACAGUCUAAUUUAGCCGCCAGUUAUGUCGAUGUGAUAAAUGAAUCAUACAUGCACAAUGUGCCGAAAGGAGCUGAAACGCAUUUUAAAGUUGUCGUGGUGUCCGAUAAGUUUGACGGGUUACCCAUUAUCAAGAGGCAUCGCCUAGUAAAUGACACACUGAAAGAAGAGCUUCAAAACGGGGUCCAUGCUCUCUCAAUAGUGGCCAAAACACCCCAGCAAUGGGAAAUCAGUGAUAAGGUUGUGGAGAGCAGCCCUAACUGCAGAGGUGGUUUUGGUAAAUGAAGGAUUAAGUACUCUGAAAUUGGACUGAUGUAUAUGUAGGUUUUUUAUUUAUUGAAUAUAUAGUUGCUACCACUUA